CGAGGAGGAACCGGUAGCUCCUCUAACGGAUCGUCGUCGUCUUCUUCUCCUUCUUCUUCUUCUUCUUCGUCCUCUUCCUUUUCCUCCUCCUCUUCUUCUUCUUACACCUCAGAGCUGGUUAUUUUACGGUUGAGCAAAAGAAAACGUGUGCUCGAGGGCGCAACACGAUGACCAAGUUCGCGGCCGUCUUUGUGGUUGCCUCGUUGCUCGACUUGGCCUUUGCGGGACACCACGGUGGACACGACCAUGUGCUGAUCCACGUGCCCUACAAGAUCAAGACGAUCCACCAUACGCACACCAUCACCAAACACAUCCACCACGGAGGCGGGGGUGGCGACAAGUACGAAGUCCUCGGCUACACGGUGGGCCAUCCGAUUGAUUUGGGAGGUCAUGGUGGUGGCCACGAUUUCGGCGGCGGCGGCGGCGGCGGCGGCGGCGGCGGCGGCCACGAUUUUGGUGGCGGCGGCGGUGGCCAUGAUUUUGGCGGUGGCCACAUCGAAUACAGCGGCGGCGGAGGUGGUGGCGGCGGUGGUGGCCACAUCGAGUACGGCGGCGGUGACAUCGGCGGAGGAUUCGGCGGCGGUCAUGGAGGCGGAUUCAGUGGAGGAGGCCACGAAGAUUGGGGCGGUCAUUAACCAGCAGUGACCGGCGCUAAUUUUCGAGAGGAUCACGGUAGUUCUCUUCGAGAAUGUUCGAUUUGUUGUUCGCGAACGCACUGUCGACUCGAAUUCUACUUCACUCUAGGCGAUCGCCAGUUUCGCUUAACCUCUUCAAGGGCGAAUAUUUUAAUUUCAGUUGUAACAAAGAAACUUUAUUUCAUCUC